AUGGCUGAUGAAAGGCCCAAGGAAGGAGUUAAGACUGAGAACAACCAUCAUACUAACUUGAAGGAGUCAAGACUGAGAACAACCAUCAUACUAACUGCACCACAGAACCAUCCUGCAGGACAGGAUGGUUCUGUGGUGCAGUUUAAGAUUAAGAGCCUCUUAGUGAACUAAUGAAAAGCCUAUUGUGAAUGACAGGGUUUGGAAAGGGAGGAUGAAGAUGUAAUUGAUAUGUUCCAGCAGCAUACAGGAGGUGUCUACUAA